UGGUCACUUUAUUUAUUUAUCAUUUGUUUUAUUUGUAAACAAUUGCAGAAAAUUUACCAUUUUAAGAUUUAUAAAUUGCUGAACAUUAAGCUAAAUAAAUUGCAGUAAAAUUUAUUUCAAGUCAAACUUCAACUAAACCUCUAAAACAGAACAGUUUUUCAAAAACAGUAUGUUUAAAAAAUCCAAACCCAAAAUUGAGCCCCCGCCCAUGGCUCCAAGUAUUGAGGAAAUGCUGGCGGACAUGGAAACCUUUGAGGUCAAUCAACCCACAAGCACUUACUCGGAUAAUUCCGAGCUGGAGCACGCUAUUCUCACGGAACCGGAAAAUCUGAGUCUUUCAACUUGGUGGCAAGUUUUUGACGAAUACGAUCAGAAAGUCAAGAAGCUAUCGGCCACCGAAGGAAAUCUGGAAACACAAAGAAAUCAACUCAAAGAAUGCUACGCCAAAUUGGAAAAGAAUGCUGAUAAAUUGAGGGAUGGCAUCAAAAAGCAACAGGCGUUGGCUAAAGAAGCUCUUAAAUGCUAACUUUGGAUAUUAAUUAAUAAAUGUUUAUAUUGAUACAAGUAUAUAAACAAAAUAUUUUACCAGUGAA